UUCACCACGCCUGCGCAAACAAAUACAAGAUGGCGGAGAGUGCGGAACUGAAGCAAAUGGUGAUGAGCCUGCGGGUGUCGGAGCUGCAGGUACUGCUGGGCUACGCCGGCCGCAACAAGCACGGACGCAAGCACGAGCUGCUGACGAAGGCGCUGCACCUGCUGAAGGUCGGCUGCAGCCCCGCAGUACACAUGAAGGUCAAAGAGCUCUACCGACGACGCUUCCCCGCAAAAAUGAUAUCCCACUCAGAGCUCACCAUGCCCGGGCCACACCACCCAGCCUCAGCGGGAAUGGUCGGAGGGGGUGGCGCUGCCCUGCCCGCUGGCCUGACACAGCUGGCAUAUGAGGGCCAUGCCGGUAAUGGAGGAACCCCUUCGCCUGCCGCCUUAUUGCCCCUCUCACUGCUCGGGCCAGGGAAACACGAAUUGACCGGGCUGACACAUCAUCUGUCCAACUCUACCACGCUGCAUCCGGUCCAUCCAGACGUCAAACUGCAGAGGCUGCCCUUCUAUGACAUGCUGGACGAGCUCAUCAAGCCCACCAGUCUAGCAUCAGACAACAGCCAGAGAUUUCAGGAGACGUGUUUCGCCUUUGCAUUAACGCCACAGCAAGUCCAGCAGAUCAGCAGCUCGAUGGACAUCUCGGGGAACAAAUGUGACUUCUCAGUUCAAGUCCAGUUGCGGUUUUGCCUGUCGGAGACAAGCUGUCCUCAGGAAGACCAUUUCCCACCCAAUCUGUGUGUGAAAGUCAACGGAAAGCCGUGUAACCUGCCGGGUUAUCUUCCUCCAACCAAAAAUGGCGUCGAGCCGAAGCGGCCCAGCCGGCCCAUCAACAUUACCUCACUGGUCAGAUUGUCCACCACAGUUCCUAAUACCAUUGUGGUGUCGUGGACCGCUGAGAUUGGACGGAGUUACUCCAUGGCGGUGUACUUGGUGAAGCAGCAGUCCUCCACAGUGCUCUUACAGAGACUACGGGCUAAAGGCAUCAGAAACCCAGACCACUCCAGAGCUCUCAUCAAAGAGAAGCUCACAGCAGACCCAGACAGUGAAAUUGCCACGACCAGCCUUCGAGUGUCGCUGCUCUGUCCGCUGGGGAAGAUGCGGCUGAUGAUUCCGUGCCGAGCACUGACAUGCUCCCACCUGCAGUGCUUUGACGCCACACUCUACAUCCAGAUGAACGAGAAGAAGCCCACCUGGGUGUGUCCUGUCUGUGACAAGAAGGCCCCCUAUGAGCACCUCAUCAUCGACGGGCUUUUCGUGGAGAUCCUGAACAGCUGCACGGACUGUGAUGAGAUCCAGUUUAAGGAGGAUGGCAGCUGGGCCCCCAUGAGGUCUAAGAAGGAAGUGCAAGAGGUCUCCUCUGCCUCAUACAAUAACGGGCUGGAUGAUUCAUGUCGGACGUCUUCAGGCUCAGAUCAGCGGAGCUCCUCGUCGUCCAGCCACGGCAACGGCAGCAGCAGCAACAACAGCAAAAAAGUAGAGGUGAUCGACUUGACACUCGACAGCUCCUCAGAAGAUGAAGGACCAGAUUCACCACCUCCGCCGCCGCCUCCACUCCCGCCUCCACCCAAAAGAGCAUGCCCCUCUUUGUCCCCAACCUCGCCGCCUGUCAUCAACAAAGGAGUGUUGAACCUGCACCACCAGGCGUCUCCCCUGAGCCGAACUCCCAGCAUGCCCGCUGUGGACACCAGCUACAUCCCUCCUGUCCCUCCACUUAUACAGGACUACAGACCGUACUACCACACCCCCAAUGACCUGUCAGAGUUGAACUUCUUCUCUUUUCUCCAAGGCGACAAUCAUCAGCAUUACAACAUGGUGAUGGCAGCAGCGGCCGCCGCUUCAGCCUCAGACGACCACGAGCUGCUUCUCAACCGCUUUCUCCCCUACACCACCUCCUCCUCCUCUUCCUCCCAGCUCUACUUAGACCAAUCGGGAGCAUCCUCGGUCAACUCGCUGACCGGGCAGACCAACGGGGCGAGCAACUCGGGCAGCACCAGCAGCCUGGUCUCGUCCAGCAGCCUGCGCGACACACACUCCACGCACUCGUCCUCACACUCCUCACACACACACCCCGGGGUGGUGGCCAGCAGGAGUAGCGCUGAGGCGGCAGUGGCAGCUAUUUACGGCGGAAUACCUGACGUUAUAUCAUUGGACUGACUCGAGAAGAGUCGGGACUACACUUUGGGUCCAGCUGUUAUCCGGUAACAAACAUUUUACUGCAGGGUAAAGUUUUGAUCCAGAAACUAGACUGGCCCCAAGUCUAGAAACUCAUAUAAGGGGUCAUAAUAAAAAGACAACCUAUGGAGGAGCACUACUAUUAAGAGUGUGUAACUCUGAGUGCUGACGGUUCCUUUCUCUUUGACUGACCUGAGAACAGCACAGAGUCCUCAUUUGAAGGGGUCAGCUGUGGACAUGGCGCGUUGGUGAACUGACUUCAGAUCAGAAGAAACCUGCGCAGGAGUUUACUGCCACACUACCGACCCCGCACAAGCAGCAGAGAAGCUACCUGAGCAAAAAAGCAAAAGAGGACGUCUCUUUUUUUACAAAACAGACGAGUGGCACCGUGUACAGAGAACAAAAUAUAUUUUCCUCUUUUACUUUUGUAUGUUAAAUCAGAACAUAUUCAGUCUAGUGAGCUUCUUCAAUCGCGUUUUUCAAGUGGACGACUGAGGUUGCUUGUUAGUUCUCACAGAAGCCCAUACAGUACAUACGCCUGUUGCCAUGUGUUUAUCCUUUCCUUCUGUUUGAGGCUCUUUCCUGCUUUGUUGGUUGUUUUUUUUUUCAUUUCUCCUUUAGAGACUUUAGUUCUCCUUUGCUUUUUAUCUUUCUGGAGCUCUUUUUCGUUGUGAUGAAUUAUGAUUUCAUCUAUGUUAUGACAAGAACUUUUUAGACACUGAAUUUACAGUUUAUUCAUGUUCUAAUAAUUUUAUUCUGCGUUUAAGUUGUGUAUACUAUUUAAACAUUUAUAAAUAUCUAUAAAUAUAUAAAUAUGCAUUCCCUCUGACCUUCAGGUGAAUACUGUGGGGAGUGUGUAGGCGUUUUUUUAUAAAUAUUCUCUCCUUGAUUUCCACCUUCACACAAAGACUUUGCAGACAUACAGCAUUUAGAAGAGGAGAUUUUUAGACUAUUUAUACUCGCCAAUUUUGAAGUUUUGAGCUGGAAGCGUAUCUUUCUUUUUCUUUGCACAAUGCCAAAAAUAACAUGCGGUACCUUUGAAAAGGAUAAUGAAAGUGGAGAUGAAUCUGUGUGCCAGUGUUUUCAGUCAAGUGUCCACUCCUACGUUUUCAGCUGGUGUGUUUUUUUUUUUUUUUUUUUGUGACACUUGUGUCCUUUUGUGUCUUGUCGUCCCAGUGUCUGUGUUUUGUGCUUGACUGUUAAAAAGGAGUCACGAUGAAAAGUCAAGCAUCAGGCCUUUUUAUAAAAACAGACGGGUUAUAAUGACAUGUGACCAAGUUUAACUAGUGCCUGUUUGUGUGCAUGCGUCACAGCGUGUUGAAGGACUCAAAGACUGUCUGAAAUGGUCAAAAAAAAACAACCGUUGUUUAGAAAAGACUGGAACCUCUGACAGUCUGGACAAUGUGUUUGGGAGUCAUCUUUGGGAAACUGCUCGUGUUAGUGUAGAGGAGUAUAAGCAGACAGUUUAGUGCUUUAGAAGGAGAUCUGGACAUGCCAACUUAGGCCGGGCACAAAGCCGGCUGGUUUAAAAACACAUGACCCAUCAGUCACUCAUUCAUCGAGCGAUGUUGAAGUGUUAAAGCGAGGCAGAGGUUUGGGAAUACCUCGAUGUUCUCGCAAUUCAGCCGGAAAAAAAAAAAACAACGCAGUUUGCUCAUGAAUGUAUUGUACAAUUUUUAGAGGUGGACACGCUUUUGGUCUUUUCGCUUUCAUGUCAGUUAGAACAUGAAGACGUUCUGUAGAGAUCCGCUGAAGUCUGGUCACAUUGAGGCUGACAUACAGUAGACCUGGUCCCCUGUCUUCAGCCUGAAUCCCCUCUCUCAGCCUCUCCUGGAUGUCAGACUUUCCAGACGUCUGAAGUUCAAUUCAAAGUCUCAUUAGUCCGACCAUGAUGAGAUAAUCACUUCUGAGUGCAGCCACCCUCCUCUCCUCCUGAAACUAUCUGGGAGACUUAUUCAAGCCCCCGAAACCCCUCUUCCCUUCCUCCCUCUCUCUUGUAAUGCAUCAAGUUUAUUUCCUGUUAUUCUCAUGGAAGCUGACCCCCGGCUCUCACUCUAUUGAUCAGAGCAAGUCGUGUAUUUCCUGUGUUGUGCAGUAUUUUAUUUAUUUUGUAUUCUUAUUUCUAUAUAUUAUAUUUUUACAUAUUGUAUGAUUUCCAUGGGUGACUCACUGUCGCCGGGGAGCUUUUGUGAUUUGAUUUAAUUUAAUAUGGAUUUUAUUAUUCUUUGCCAGCAGCGCUAUUUAUCAAAAAAGGUACCGCUUAGUUAUUGGUCAUGGAAAAAGCUGUGUGUGAUUUAAUGGGAGAUGACAUAAGUGACACUUUAUUGUAAGGGCACUAGACACAGUCGUAAUUUAUAUGUGCGCCAUGAUUUCAUUCAGUUAUACAUUCAAGAUGUUUUAUGACUUCCUUUUGUUCUCCAUUAAGAACUGAUCAAGUCCCUGUGAGGCUAUGUGAUAACUCCAUGCUUAAUGGAUCAUCUAUUAAUGAUAAACUCAGUUACUGCCAACAUCAGUCUAUGUGCCGUCACAUAAGCAAGAAUCCAGUUAUGCUGAAAAAGCAGCAGCACUUAUUCUGAAAUGAAAUAUGAAGCUAAUUUUUUAAUUGAAGAUUUCUGAAACAACAUUAGCAUGCUAUCAGCCUUGCUAGCUGCAUGACAGAGUUCAUUGUCCGUUCGCAGCUUUGCUCUAGAAUGAAAUAUUAUGAAAGUUAGUGUUUUUGUCUUUAAAGACACGAGUGUUCCCCAGAGGCUGAUCCAACUGACGUAGAUGAUCUUCUGAAUUUCAUCUUGCUCGAACUGUUAGCGUGUCCAAUGAUUAAUUGCUUACUGUCUGAAAAACUAACCCCACUCCCACCAGCCUCAGCUGUACAUUGUGACUUUUGCUAAAAAAGGUAAUGCUCACGUUACAACAGGCUAAAGUAAUGGUAUCACAUUGUAACACUAUUACAAUCAGCCAAACAUUAUGACCACCUAUGCAAGCCAAUGUAUCAUUUGCAAUCUUACUUUUUUUAGUUGAGGCGGUCAUAAAUGGUAGAAAUGUUGUAUUGGUCUCCAGCUUAGCAUCCUGAUGUUAGCUUUACGCAGAGGAGCUAGCACAUGUAGAUUCUUGUAGAUGUAGACUUUGAAGUGUGCAUCAGUCUACUCGCUGUUUUGCCAGCUGGCACAUGUUUGUCAUUAUCUGAUGUGCUACACUCAAAUUCUUUAAGCAACUGCAAAAAAAAAACAAAAAAAAAAACACGUAAACAACAGGAUGAAAUGACUCGCACGCUAGCUUCUGAAAAUAAAUGUUUUGAAGAUGCAGGGCUAAUUAUCGAGCUUAUUGUCAUGGCAUAUGAAUGAAUAGACAAAGUGUCUUUGAGUUAAUGUUCAUUGACUGAGGAUCCAUUAAGCAUCAUGCAAAUGAAUCACUUCUGAAUGUUGAGCAGCAUGAACUCAAAACACAAACUGAAUCAAUUAAAAUCCUCAUGACUUACUCAUUAUUUCUACAUGACUCAAAAAAGUGUUUGUACCUUUGUUAUAAAGUGUUACACUGACUUUCUGUCCUGAUGAGGACGGUGAUCCUUCAGCUUCAUUCAUGUUAGCAUGAAUGUUAAUCACCCAUAUUUGGACAGUUGAUAAAGAGGUCACAGUUAAUGGAUUCAUUUCAUCACCAUUUUAUUUAUUAAAACGUCCUCUUCUGUCCUCACACUUGCAGCAGGUAACAAAGACAUCCAUGAAGUGGGAGUGCAGACCGUGUUGAAUGUGUUUCUAUGCUCUAUAAUGGGGUCUACAAGGAAAUCACACCUUCCUCACCCUCCCACUUAUUUCCUGAUUUGAAGUGAUCCACAGCUCCACCCUGUGGUUCUCUUUUGUUAUUUUUCUGAGAGAGAGAGAGACAAGAGGUCAUAGCUGUUCCUUUUUGAUUUAAACAAACUGAAAUUGUCUUGUUAGAAUAUAUCAAGUUGUCGGGCUAUGUGUGAGGAUGAGUCAGGGCUGCUGCAUCUUAUUCCCUCUCUAUGCUUGAGUCACACACAGGUGUUAACACGUAUUUGCUGAAGCAGCUUACUGUAUGUGUUUUCUGGUUCACCUGUUACUGGAGACUUCACCUAAAUAUGGGUCUGCUCAGACUGAAACGAGCGGAGUAACGCCACUAUUAUCAGUAAUAUUUGCAGUGUUUUCAGAAUUCUCCAUGGGCGACCUUGAGAAAGCAGCCAAAUGUUCUGGUUGUCACUUUAGAUAAAAAGGGAAAAAUCUACAAUGUGUAUAUUAUGUCUGUAUCAAAACCCGAAAGCUGAAAAUGAAGAUCCAAACGUGGGUGUUUGAUGUCCGUUUGUAUGCUUUUUGUGUGUCAGUUCAGAGCGAGAGAAUAAAUUAAUUUAUAUAUUUUUUUGAAAAUCAAAGCUGUACUAUUAUAAAAAAAAAAGGACUGUGGCCAAUAAAGAGUCUUAAACAAGUGAAAUAAUCUCAAAGUCAGACUCGAGUCGACAUCUGCACUCACUGCCUUAAAAACAUUCACAGGUUCAGUUUCACGGCUCCAAAUCUGAGAGACAAAUCUUUAAAAAAAGGCUUUUCAAGGAGGGCAAGGAGAAGACAGUGUACAGUAGACCUUUGUCAGUUUGUACAACAUAUACCAAGUGAAAAAAAAAUAUUUAUUACAUGCAUUGAAGAAAUUGUUUACUUAUUGAAUGUUACCUGUUUAUGUAGAAAAGUUUAGAUGUAAUAAAAUGCAUUCUGUUA